AUGCCACCCAAAGGAGCAAAAGCAUCCAGUUCGGCCGCGACCAAAUCCCGCACUUCGGCAUCACCCUCAUCGUCAUCAUCCACACAAUCACCCUUGUCAACGCUGUACAACUCCUAUGUUGAUAACACACCAAAGAGGCUCAAAGUGAUCGAUGCAUUCUUGGUCUUUUUGAUGCUUUCCGGAAUGAUCCAAUUCCUUUACUGCGCGCUCAUCACCAACUUCCCAUUCAACUCUUUCAUCGCCGGCUUUGCAUCAACCGUCGGCCAGUUUGUUCUCGCAGCAUCCCUCCGAAUCCAGGCAAAUCCUGAGAAUGGCCAGACUUUCCCCAAAGUCUCACCAGAGAGGGCUUUCGGCGACUUUCUGUUUGGCUCUGUGAUACUUCACUUUUUCGUUUUCAACUUCUUAGGCUAG